AGCUUGUCAAACAAAUUUUGGUAUCAGAACGAUCAACACGAAAUUGAGAUUUUUCUCCAGAAAAAAGCUGAAUAAUUACAACCACUUCGAAAUGUCCACUCUUGAUGACUUCUUUGCCAAGAAGGAUAAAAAAUUGUCUAAAAAAAAAACAAACUACUUGGCGACCGACGAGCUGUACAAAACGCUGGAGGAAUCCGCGAAGUUGUCCCAAGAGGCUUUUGCCAAUUCUGAAAAGGGCCGCGGAGGCGAUGCUAUAACGGAAGGAACAUCCGGAUCCAUGGAUACUGCCCUGAAGCCCCUGGAGUUUGGAAUACGUUUCUCGGACGAGACCAUGGACGAGGAGGACGAGUGGUCUGAUUUUACCGAGGAGAAUCGUAGGCAGUAUACGAACCUGCCACGCACUAUCCAGAUGACUUUGAGCUGCGGUGCAAUGGCUCCGUUCACUAUCAGCGGUGAGGUGAAAAUGCAAGAGUCCGAGCAGCGCGAAUCUGGUGGAGAUGGACUCGACAUAGGCCAGGGGCCGAAGGAGCCUCUGGCUUUUGUUACAUGCCCUUGGAAGCUUGACGGCCAAAUUGCGAAGACGAUGGUUCCACGAGGGGAACCGCAGAAGCAAGUGAAGGUGGAGAAGAUUGUAAAGAGUGAGAAGCCAUUGGAAACCAAGCGCCAGAUUUAUGUCCCACCAGCCCUACGCCACAGCCAGGGCGACUUCAAUCCACGCCCCCAUAUGGAGUCGCGUCUUCGCAAGGUCAUGACCACAUAUUCGGUGAAGCCACAGGCCCCCGAUCUGAACAGUCCGGAGUACUUUCCGAGCCUCAGUGGCUCCAGAGUUCUGAAGCGGGCCAAGUAACUCAGCAUCGAGCCAUUAUUCGUUUCUCUGUUUCCUCGAUGCAGAUAUUUACGUUUUCUUAUCGAAUUUAAUGCGAUCAACGACUGUUACUGGGGUAGGAGCUGCGUCUAAUAAAGGAAAGAGCCAUACCGCUCGCCCAACUUA